AUGCGCCUCCCGAGCUUGUUUGGUCGGCGGUGGCACGCCACGGCCGCGGCCAAGGGCGUCGCGUACGAAGAGGUGGUCGCCAAGGAGCUGCGGAAGCUCGGCUGCGACCUUGCGCCGACGGCCAUGUCCAUGGACGGCGGCAUCGACCACAUUGGUGAGUGGGCCUUCCCGGAUGCAUCUCGGAUCCGCAUCGUGACGCAGUGCAAGCACGAAGAGAAGCCGACGGGCGUGACGUACCUGCGCGAGUUUGAAGGCGUCUUGGGCAAGCAGCCGCCCAGUACGAUUGGCAUCUUUGCCAGCGCGUCCGGCUACAGCCUGUACGCCAAGCGGUUCUUUACGCAGAUGGCACAGCCCGCGAUGCGCCUCACGCUCAACGGCAGCGAGGGCCUCGUCGAGUUCGACAUGAACACGCCUGCGCGCCGGCUCCUGCCCAAGCUCGUGCCCGGCUCUACCUUUCUCCAGGGCACCCACGUCCUCGUCUUGACGUACGACGGCCACGUGCUUGAAGACGACGGCGAUGAUAGCAAUGCGUAG